GUGCUUUUGUCGCUUGUUGCGGUCAGACGUUUGCAGCACUGUCCGUCACCGUUACGUGAUAGAUCCCCCGUUGUCUACUAGCUGCCACCGUCAUCCACGUGCUUUUCAUGGCCGACGUCUUUCGGAGGCUGUCAGUGCUGCUGCUGGUCGUCCUAUUGCUCCUCCUCCUGGUUGUCUUCCACGUGUGCAUCCUCGGCGGCCUUCCGCAAUGUGGUCGCAGAAGGAGGUGUGUGAAGAACAACGACAGAGUGGAGGGCCGAAAGGCGAUCAGCGGGUCCGCAGGGGAGCGCGGUGGGCGGUGGUCCGGGCACAGCCCAUCGAAUAGUCCAAGGCCGUCGGAGCGGUCCGGGCACGCGCACCUGCCACCGCACUUGCAACCUCUGCCUGACACGGAUGACGAGGAAAGGGACGAUAGACAGUCACGGACCGUGCCGCUGGGAAGCGGAUCCACCCAGGAGUGGGCGGCUACAAAGCUGUUUGGAAGCCGCCGCGGCGGUAAAGGGCAGUCGUACACCGAACUCCUCCAGCAGGGGCUCAGCGAUACCGAUGGCGAUGGCGGCGUGAAUCUGUCGUUUAGACUCGGCAGCGGGAGGUCAGCAGCCGUCUCUAGAACGGUCGUCGUAAACCCCCAUCCCAACGACGAUGGCGGCGACGUGACGGCUGUUCAGCGAUCACCCAGGUCUCCAGCGCCGCUGCGGGAGGCUCCGGGGAACAACAAGGAUCCUCCUAGGCAGCAAUUUCGGUCAUCGUCUUUCGGUAGGGGUGCCUCCGCUCGCCCCCAGUGGAUGCAGUCUCCGUCUCCCCUGUCCGCCGGUUCGAGUGCAGGUUGUCGUGUUGGCGAGUGUAGGAAGACGGCGCCUGCUGUUGCUGAUGUUGGUGACGGACGUGACGGCAGGGAGGUGUGGGCAGAACAACGACGGUUAAUGAGGUCGGUGUGGGAGGAGUCCAUAACUCAGGGGGUGCGGCAAUUGCGUGUUGGGGAAGACAAGCACGACGGCGAGGAAGCAGGGGCAGACGCGCACGACCCCGACUGGAACGACAACGGCGCUGAAGGUUGGGAGGACGAUGCAGGCAACAUUUCGCCGUCGAAGCAGGCGGCCGCUAUGGGAGGGAGGGGCGGGAAGACGAAGUCGUGUGGCGGUAAUGGUCGUCGGGGCAAAAGGACGGCAGGCAAGGGCAGCGAUGCCGAAGGUGACGUCGAUGGUGAAGGAGGUCGUCACUUCUGGUCCGGCUUCAGUUUCAAUAUGGAUCGUGCUGUUUACGACGAGAUACUGGGGUCGACCGCCAAGAACCACACCAUAAACCCGAAGAACGCCCCGGACACCGGCACUCAGGGUGGAGUGCGUCUGCCAUCCGCCUCCUCUGCGGACCCUGAAUCUGUGGGUGACGGGGACGGUGGUGCAGAGCACGACGACGAAGACGACGGGUCCACCAAAGGUUCUUCGCAGACGACGGGUGGCACAGGCGGUUUCGACAAGAGGAAGAGCACAAGGCAGCAAACAUUUGAGGCAAUGGCGGAGUGCAUGGAGAAGCACGGGGCGUUAAUGGCGUCAAUGAUGGAGAGCAACAACAAAAGUCAUUGCUCCAUCGCCAUACGUGAGUGCGAGGCGCUGGAAGCGAAGAUCGAAGUGCAGAAAAAGCACUACGCAGCGCUAGACGAAGUGAACAAGCUUAUGUGUCACGCCUUGCUGGAGAUAGCGAAGGCCAUCGACAAACGUUAGACUUAGUGUCGCCUUUGUUGUGCUCUUUGUACCCUUGCAUGGAAUUGGACGGAGCGAAAGUGAUAGUCUUUCCGUCGUUAAUGUAGCUUAGCUUAGCCAUCG